AAUAAACAAAUAAAGCGAUAUGCCGAAUGCAUGUGCAAGGAUGAACAAUCAGAGCCUGCAGCGAGUGGGGUGUGAACCCUGCACAUGGAGGAACAUGAUGUUGAAUAAUAAUCCACAUCUCCAUCCUCUUCCUCUUUUGUCUUCCACCUUCCCCACUCCAUCCAUCAUUGAAUUGGGCAGCUAGAUCAACUGAUCGAUCGAUCGAAAGUAACAAGUUAUUGUGUAAAUUUUAGUGUUGGUUGAAUAAUUUAUGAGGAGAUGUCAAACCUUUUUGCUGCCACUGUUCGUUAAUUCCCUCCUCCCUCUCCCUCCAUAGCUGUUUCUAGCUGUCCCUCUUCUCUUUGUCAUGUGACGCUCACUCUCCGUGCCGUGCCGUGCAAAGCCAUGCCAUGCCAUGCCUGCCUCGUGCCAUCGAAUAAAAAUUCUGCGGACGCACCACCAACGCCACCAUAAUUCGCAUACACCGCGCAGAAUCCUUGGCGUUACAGGGUUCAGAUCCCCGGCGAGCUAGGGAGUCCAUGGCGCGCGAGUUGCCUCCCAGAGUUCCCCACUUGGCGGCGGCAGCCAAUUGGCCUAGUUUUGGCCACCAGAUCUCCGGACGAGGCGCCGAGGCCGCCUCGUGGGUGGACGAGUUCCUCGACUUCUCCGCGGCCAAGCGCGCGGCGCACCGGCGGUCGGCCAGCGACUCCGUCGCGUUCGUGGAAAUGGCGCCAGCGGACGGCGACGACGACGACGACGACGACCAGCUGAUCAUGUCCAUGUUCGCCGACGAGGCGGCGGGGUCUCCGGCGGAAACGGCGCCGGGCGCCGCAGGCGACAAGAGCACGGAGCAAAAAUCUGCUGCUGCGGAGCAAAUUGUCGAUCCCAAAAGAGUCAAGAGGAUACUGGCAAAUAGGCAAUCUGCGCAGAGAUCCCGAGUGAGGAAGCUGCAAUACAUCUCCGAGUUGGAAAGGAGUGUUACUUCACUCGAGACUGAGGUGUCAGCAUUGUCUCCUCGAGUCGCAUUCCUCGAUCAGCAGAGAUCUCUGCUCACCCUGGGCAACAGCCAUCUGAAGCAGCGAAUUGCUGCGCUAGCUCAAGACAAGAUCUUUAAAGAUGAUUUCGAGUUUUUGCAGCGCAUCAAGAGGCGUUGAAGAAGGAGAUAGAGAGGCUGAGGCAAAUCUACCAGCGGCAGAGCAUUAAGCAGGCUCAAUCUGAUAACAUGGCCACUGAUUGCGCCCCUACCACGUGAUGCCGUAAGGCCAAGGCUCCGUGUCGGGGAAGGUCCCGCCCUCAAUUAAUUAUGACAAACAAAUGCUCCUUGUUGAUUUGGUAAUCAAGAAUUGGGAUUUGUAGUAAUGAUUGUUGUAAAAUCUGUAUUAUUUUUUUAUGUAAUUUAUUUUAUUUUUAUAGAUUGUAAAAUUGGAAAGGGGAUUGAACUGCUUGUGGGGUUGUUAUUGGGGUUGUAAAUGAGUGUUCCUUUAUUUGUUGCAUUCUCUGUUAAGCUUUAACUAAUUGA